GACUCUCAAAAAUUUUCUACCCAUCUGAACAGCAUCAAGAAAAUCGAAAAGAAAAAAAUCAAUAUUUCAGCCUCUACUCACUGUUAGAGAUCUUUGAGUUUCGAAUUUUCGAGAAAAAUUUUGUAAGUAAACAAUAGCAUGAUGUUGCUGGGAAAGAGGCCAAGACGGCCGAUGAAGAGGACGACGAGCUUGACGGAGAUCACUUUUGAUCUAAACACCGACGCGGUUGAAGCUACACCGAACUAUUUUAACGGUACCUGCCAAAAGGAGGCGGGAAUUUACGGUGGUGGGGCUGGCAGCGAGUGGCUGGAUCAACGGUUUUUAGCGGACUCGGUGGCGUCGCCGGGAAUUUAUAGGAGGCAUUCCAGUGAUUUUAUUCGAACUUCUAACUUCUUGAGCGCUUGCUCUCUCUGCAAGCGCCGUCUUAUUCCUGGCCGCGAUAUCUACAUGUACAGGGGAGAUAGUGCUUUUUGCAGCUUAGAGUGCAGGCAAUUCCAGAUGACCCAAGAUGAGAAAAAGGAGAAGUGUUCCUUGGCCUCGAAGAAUGAAGCUGUUGCAUCCUCUGCUGCCACUGGUACCACCAAAGGUGAGACUGUCACUGCGGUGUAGAGCCAACAUUAAAUUUGGCCAAAUGACCGGAACUCCUAGUAGCUAGUUAGAAAGUAAUUGUAUUAAUUAUUAGUCAAUGGGCAGGAUUUUGAAUGUGGAUCUAAAUCCAAAACUCCUACAAAAACCAUUAAGUCUCUGCAGUCUGUCCUUCCGAGCUAUUUUCAUCUUUUGCCUUUGGUUUUAGUAAUGGAAGAAAUUUGCAGAUUCGAAUAUUUCAUUGGGAUUCUUUCUUUGCAGAAUGCAGAUUCCAAGCAGUUCAAUGUAGUUCCAUUAUAAGAUUUA